CGCUGGGUAGAGACAGUGAAGUCAAUGGAUGAGGAAGGUACCCGAAGCAAGGUAGUCAUCACAAGCCUAAAAAAAGAGAGCCCGUCAUGAAGACUAGAUUGUAUGUGUCUUCUGCACACUGCUUGCCUAACAGAGCGACUUGACGGGACCAGCUGUUUGGGUCUGACUGCGUCAGGUUUACACGAUGAAUCGGCCAAAGCCCCCCACUAUUAGACGCCCAAGUACUGCGAAACCGUCAGGUCAUCCGCCUCCUGGGGAUUUCAUAGCUCUGGGAUCAAAGAGUCAGGGAGGGGAGCCCAAAGCCCCAGCUGUCCUUCUUAAGCCCACGUCCUCUGGUCUUCCUGCUGAUCGCAAGAGAGAGACCACCACCUUGCCCUCGUCCUCCAACUCUGGACUUUCCAGUCUUGCCAAGCGUCCCAAGCUCUCCUCUACACCUCCGGUCAGCGCUUUGGGACGUCUAGCUGAUGUUGCGGCUGUGGACAAACGAUCAAUAUCUCCUUCCAUAAAGGAGCCUUCAGUUGUACCUAUUGAAGUCCCACCGGCUGUGUUACUGGAUGAGAUUGAAGCCGCAGAGGCAGAGGGCAACGAUGAACGCAUUGAGGGCAUUCUCUGUGGUGCAGUUAAGCAGCUGAAAUUGACCCGUGCCAAGCCUGACAUCACCCUGUACUUGAGUCUGAUGUACCUUGCCAAGAUCAAGCCCAAUGUCUUUGCCACUGAAGGAGUGAUAGAGGCCCUCUGCAGCCUCCUUCGUCGAGAUGCCUCCAUCAACUUCAAAGCCAAGGGAAACAGCCUAGUGUCUGUCUUGGCCUGUAACCUGCUGAUGGCUGCCUAUGAAGAGGAUGAGAACUGGCCUGAGAUCUUUGUGAAAGUUUACAUUGAGGAUUCUUUGGGUGAACGCAUCUGGGUAGACAGCUGUCACUGCAAGACCUUUGUGGACAACAUCCAGACAGCCUUCACGACCCGGAUGCCCCCCAAGAGUAUGCUGUUGCAGACAGAAACCGGUCGCUCAGGGGGGGACCUCAGUGCAGGGAGCAGCCCUCACCCUUCCACUCCAGAUGAGGAUGAUACCCAGACAGAGCUGUUAAUAGCAGAAGAGAAGCUGAGUCCGGAGGAUGAUGGACAGGUUAUGCCCAGGUAUGAGGAGUUGGCAGAGAGCGUUGAGGACUAUGUGCUGGACGUUCUGCGUGACCAGCUGAACCGCCGGCAGCCUAUGGACAAUGUGUCCCGUAAUCUGCUGCGCCUACUGACUGCCACAUGUGGCUACAAGGAGGUGCGACUGAUGGCUGUGCAGAGGCUGGAGAUGUGGUUGCAGAACCCAAAGCUGACACGACCAGCCCAGGAUCUGCUGAUGUCACUCUGCAUGAAUUGCAACACUCAUGGGGCAGAUGACAUGGAGGUAGUCUCGAACCUCAUCAAGAUCCGCCUCAAGCCAAAAGUCUUGCUGAACCACUACAUGCUGUGUGUCAGGGAACUCCUGAAUGCACAUAGAGAUAACCUGGGCACCAUGGUGAAGUUGGUGAUUUUCAACGAGCUCUCUAAUGCCAGGAACCCAAACAAUAUGCAGGUUCUGCACACGGUAUUGCAGCACAGUCCUGAGCUGGCCCCCAAGUUCCUGGCCAUGGUUUUCCAGGACCUGCUGACCAACAAAGACGACUACCUGCGAGCCUCGCGGGCCCUACUGAGGGAAAUAAUCAAGCAGACCAAGCAUGAGAUCAAUUUUCAGUCCUUCUGCCUGGGCUUGAUGCAGGAGAGGAAGGAGGCCUCUUAUGUGGAGAUGGAGUUCAAGGAGCGAUUUGUUAUCCAGGUGACAGACCUGCUCACUGUCUCUAUGAUGCUAGGCAUCACCGCUCAGGUCAAAGAGGCUGGCAUCGCUUGGGACAAGGGAGAGAAAAAGAACCUGGAAGCACUGCGGUCCUUCCAGAACCAGAUUGCUGCCAUCCAGAGAGAUGCUGUGUGGUGGCUCCACACGGUCGUCCCCACUGUUAGCAAAGUGGGGCCAAAGGACUAUGUACACUGCCUCCACAAAGUCCUGUUUACUGAGCAGCCAGAGACGUAUUACAAAUGGGAUAACUGGCCACCAGAGAGUGACCGGAAUUUCUUCCUUCGCCUGUGCUCUGAAGUGCCACUCCUCGAAGACACACUGAUGCGCAUCCUGGUCAUUGGGCUGUCACGUGACCUUCCCCUGGGACCUGCUGACGCCAUGGAGCUGGCAGACCACCUGGUGAAGAGGGCAGCUGGAGUGCAAUCUGAUGAUUUAGAUGUACUGAGAGUGGAGAGAAUCCAGCUUAUUGAUGCUGUGCUGAACCUGUGUACCUACCAUCACCCAGAGAACAUCCAGCUUCCUGCAGGGUACCAGCCACCAAACCUGGCCAUCUCGACACUGUACUGGAAAGCGUGGCUCCUUCUGCUCGUGGUGGCUGCUUUUAACCCCCACAAGAUAGGGUUGGCAGCCUGGGAAGGCUAUCCCACUCUAAAAAUGCUUAUGGAAAUGGUGAUGACAAACAACUACUCGUACCCUCCGUGCACGGUAGCAGAUGAGGAGACCAAGACAGAGAUGAUUAGCCGCGAGCUGCAAAUCUCGCAGCGAGAGAAGCAAGAGAUCCUGGCUUUCGAGAGCCACUUGGCAGCUGCCUCCACAAAGCAAACCAUCACUGAAAGCAACAGUCUACUGCUGUCCCAACUCACGAGCCUAGACCCACAGGGUCCUCCUCGCAGACCUCCUCCACUUGUACUGGAGCAGGUCAGAAGCCUGAAUCAGUCACUGCACCUGGGCCACCUGCUGUGUCGCAGCCGCAACCCAGACUUUCUGCUGAACAUUAUCCAGAGACAGGCAUCCUCUCAGUCUAUGCCCUGGCUGGCUGACCUUGUCCAGUCCAGUGAAGGGUCCUUAGAUGUACUGCCUGUGCAGUGUCUGUGUGAAUUCUUGCUGCAUGAUGCUGCAGAUGACACUUCACCAGUGGAGGAUGAGGAAGAAGGAGAAAGCAAGGAGCAGAGAGCCAAAAAAAGACAACGGCAGCAGAAACAGCAGCAGCUCCUCCUGCGGUUGCAGGACCUGCUCCUGGGGCCCAAAGCAGAUGAGCAGACUACCUGCGAAGUGCUUGACUACUUCCUGCGACGUCUCAGUUCCAGUCAGGUGGCAUCCAGAGUGCUGGCCAUGAAGGGUCUGGCACUGGUGCUCACCGAAGGUGGUCCACGGGAUGGCGAGGAACGUGAGCAACCCAUGGAGGAAGACUCGCGGGAUGCCGAACUGCUGCCAAACUACCAAUGGCUCUUAGCUGACCUGCCUAAGCUACCACUAUUCCAGAGUGUACGCGCCAUGACAGCCAGUGCCCUGCAGCAGGCAAUCCACAUGGAGACAGACCCUCAGACCAUUAGCGCCUACCUUAUAUACCUUUCCCAGCAUUCCCCAGUGGAGGAUCAGGCUCUUCACAAUGAUCUUGCCCUGGAUGUGGCUCGACUGAUCGUGGAGCGCUCCACCAUAAUGAACAGCCUGUUCUGUAAACACUCGUGUCGGCCAGAAUCAGAUGCUGUGCUCAGCGCCCUCCUGUCCAUCUUUUCCACCUAUAUCAGGAGAAUGAGAAAGACCAAGGAGGGGGAGGACCUCUACAGCUGGUCUGAGUCACAGGACCAAGUUUUCCUGCGCUGGACCACCGGAGAGACGGCCACUAUGCAUAUCCUUGUAGUUCAUGCUAUGGUCAUACUGCUGACCCUUGGGCCUCCAAAAGCGGAGAGUGACUUCUAUACUCUGCUUGACAUCUGGUUCCCUGAUAAGAAGCCUCUCCCCACUGCCUUCCUGGUGGACACCUCUGAGGAAGCCCUCCUGCUACCUGACUGGCUGAAGCUUCGAAUGAUUCGCUCAGAGGUUUCCAGAUUAGUCGAUGCUGCCUUGCAGGACCUGGAGCCCCAGCAACUGCUGCUCUUCGUCCAGUCCUUUGGCAUUCCCGUGUCCAGCAUGAGUAAGCUGCUGCAGUACCUUGACCAAGCUGUGUCCCAUGACCCACAAACAUUGGAGCAGAACAUCAUGGACAAGAACUACAUGGCCCAUCUGGUGGAGGUGCAGCAUGAGCGAGGGGCCACCGGGGGUCAUACUUUCCACAGCCUGCUCAGUGCUUCCCUUCCUCCCAGUAGAGAGGGUGGUGAAGUGAGCAGAGUUAAAGUGGCUGUGGAAGCGCCCCAUGGUACGGUGAAGGUCCGAGCAGCUAGCAAAAUUCCUGUUAUUGGCCCUGAUGACGACUUCAGUGGACUGCUACUUCAGCUCUUCCCACUGAAGGUGGACCCACGUUGGCCCAGCCCUCCUCCACGCCAGCGUUCCCUAGCCCUCCAGCAAGCUCUUUCCCAGGAGCUAGCCCGUGUGCGUCAAGGCCACAGCCAGCCUGGGGGCAUAGCAUCCCAGUUCCUGCAGGCCCUAGCAGCCUUGCUGGGGUCCACCCAUGCUGGUGCUCUUGUGGCUGCCAUGCACCGCGGACAUUCACUCUCAUGCCCCCUGCUGCGCUUGCUUCAUCAGUACCAGCGCCGCAUGCCCCAGGAUAUGGCCUUCUCCUCGCUGUUCUUCAAGGCUGUGGUGGAGAUGCUCACAUGGCUGGAGAGUCCCGCUGUGGAAGCAGGGCCCCUGCUUUCCCUACUCAAGUCUUUCGCCGCCCAGUUCUCCCACAAACAUCGCCUCAGCGAUGUUCGCACUGGCUUCCUCCACCUGGCUGAGGCUCUGGCAUACCGGCGGGACUUAGAAAUGUCUGUGCAAGCCGUUAUUGCCACCCUGCAGGCUGGGGAGAAGUGGAAUGCAGAACCCGAGCUCAUCAAGAAGGUGUUGCAGGGCUUGAUAGAGGUCAAGUCUCCAUACGUCGAGGAAUUGCUGUCCUUAAUGAUGACUGUUGGCAUGAAGACGGGGUCCAGUAAUGCUACAGCCCCGGUUGCCAUGGUUACCUCCCUGCUUCUUCAGGAUACAGAGGACAAGGCAGUGAAAGUGGAUUCAAACAACAGCUCUGAGGUGGUGAAGACUGGGUCUGCUUCAGGGCUGCUGGUUGACUGGCUCGAGCUGCUGGAUCCAGAAGUGACCUCGCUGUGCCCAGACAUUCAGCAGCGGCUGCUCUUUGCUUUUAACAAGGGUAAAGGCAGCCAGCAGCCCUUGGCUCCCUCUUACAGGCCCUACCUGUUGGCCCUGCUAACCCACCAGUCCAACUGGUCGACCUUGCACCAGUGCAUCAGCACUCUUCUCACCAAGCAGAAGGAGCUCAGGUGGGAUCCCACGUCUGCUCUGGACUUCCUGUGGGCCUGUACCCACAUUCCUCGCAUCUGGCAGGGUCGUGACCAGAAAACCUCCAAGAAACGGACAGAGAAGUUUGUUCUCCACCUGAAGCCAGCAGAACUAAGCAGCCUUGUGGACUUGAUCCUUUGGGAGUCAGAGCUCACAGCCCAGGAUAGGAAGAGUGUGGAGAUGGCCUCCUGUUCGCUUAUUCAAUUGCGCCUGCCCCUGCUGCACAGCUGUUGCCAUGGCGAUCUGGAGAGUGUGAAGAAGGUGUCCGAGUACUUGAUGAACUGUAUCAAGAAGUGGGGGGACAGAAAUUCUCAUCUUAUUGGACUGCAGUUUAUUAGGACCACAAACCACAUUUCUCUCGUGAUGAGUAAAAGAUGUCACAGCCUACUGCUCCAGAUAUACCUGCACUUCCCAGAGGUCAUCCAGCAUGUGGCCCUGCCAGAUGGCACCCUGAGCAGUGAAGGAGCAGCUGAUGGGAGUACCUGCAAGCUGGACGCACUGGUUCACCGGCUGAUUGCCCUCCUUUCUGAUCCUGGGGACUCCAAGUCUGCUGAAAGCCGUGUGUCAGAUGCCAACCUGGCUUGCAGGAAGCUGGCAGUGUGUCACCCAGUCCUGCUGCUCAGACACUUGCCUAUGGUUGCAGCCCUCCUGCAUGGCCGGAUCCAUUUAAACUUCCAGGAAUUCAGGCAGCAGAACAAUCUGACCUUCUUUAGCGAUGUGCUAGCCAUCCUGGAGCUUCUUCAGCCACUGGUGUUCCGCAGCGAAUACCAGGAGGCACUGCAGGAUGCACUCCUUUCUUUCAUUCAGAUUCUGCAGAACUUCAGGAAGUAUUCCCGACAGCUGUCCGGCUUCGUCAACAAGUUUGUGCAGUUCAUUCAGAAGUAUAUCACGCAUGACGCCAGUGCCGCCAUCCCAUAUCUGCAGAAACAUUCCGAUAUCCUACAGGGGCUGUCUUCAGAGAACCCUGAACUGGUGCAGCUGAAGUCCCUGCUGGCUGGGCUCACCCUCCCUGUGAAGGUGGGCCCCUCAGAGAGUGCAGCGGAUGACCGAGAUGAAGAUUCCUCCACAGGGUCCCUACCUCUGGUCAGCGUUGCAGCCUCAGCUCCACUGACUGCAGCUGACAUGACCAAGUACCUGAAGAAGAUCUCCAUGGGGGAGGCCAUAGAAGACAUCCUGGAAGCCCUGAGUGAAGUAGACGAGAAGUCUAAGAGAAACCCUGAGAUCAUUCAGUGCUUCACGAACGACCUCCAGAGACUAAUGACAUCUCCAGAGGAGCUGUGCCGCAACAUGGCCUUCAGUUUGGCUUUGCGCUGCAUCCAGAGCAAUCCUAGCUUGGCCACAGACUUCCUUCCCACUUUCAUGUACUGCAUGAGCAGCGGUAACUUUGAUGUGGUUCAGACAGCACUGAGGAACCUUCCAGAAUAUGUACUGCUCUGUCAAGAACACGCUGAUAUCCUGCUGCACAAGGCAUUCCUGGUUGGGAUUUACGGUCAGAUCGACACCAGUUCCAUGAUCUCGGAAUCAAUGAAAGUUUUGCGAAUGGAAGCAACAACUUAAAGUAAUAAGCAACCAACUGUACAGGAAAAAUUGCUGUGAACAUUCGGUGCAGUUCCAAGAUGAUAGAUGUACCCAAGCAUCACUUCAAAUUUAGUUGGAUUUUUAAAAUUCAGGUUAAUAACUUUAUACCAUAUUAAGCACAUGCAAUGUCAGCUAAGAACUUCUGUUCAGACAUGUUUGGUGGAUUUUGAUGUUUGUUAUAUUACAAUUCAUGGAAAAAACUUUAAAAAUAUUUGGAACAGUUGGAAUCUUAGAUUUGAUUCCUGCACAGACAUAUGAUGUCCCUUAUAUAAUAAAGAUUUACAGUUUUCA